AUUUUAACUUUUGAGACCAAGAACCCAACGGAAUUAGCAGAACGUUUGCGCUCUGUUUGUGGGAAUCAGAGCAAUGCCUAUGCCCGCCUGCUGGAAUAUCGCCUCAAUGCCUUGCGUGGACUAUGGAAUGCCCAGCGCCAGCUGGCUCUGGAGGAGCAGCAUGAAAGGGAAGGCUCGGGUGAUGAAGAGACCUUGGCCCUGCUCAAGCGUCAGGGCUUGCUGCAGCAACCAGAGCAAGCGCCCUUCACAUCCCGAGUGGGCCUCCUGUUGGUCUUCCCUCUUAUUCAGUCCCAGAGUAAAACAGACCCUUCCCUCUGUAACAUAACUGCUGAGGUGCUAUUGAACUGCCUGCGUGACUGUCAGCCUCUGAGUUUGACCAAGGAGCCUGCCGACUGUCUCAAUGGGAUAGAAACCUUGCUGUGCUCUUGGCUAGAGGAGACCUCAGACACAGGCAGACACAUCCCACAUAAGCAGAAGGAGAACGCUGCUGCUGCCCUGGUGGCUUUGGCAUGUGCCAGGGGAUCAUUGAAGACCUUUGUUCACACUGUUCACCUGCUGCAGAGACAGACUGAGCUGGGCUCCCUGCCUGUCGCUGAUGUUUUAUAUAGGCUGCUGCUUUUGGAAGGGGGACCUGGAUCCCCAUCCUGUUUGCUCGGGGGCAAACACAUUGUAUCUUGGGGGUAUGAAGAUAUGCUGCCUGCACCAGACAGCAACCCUGGCUCCAGUUCUGAAAACAAAG